GCUUCCUGGACAUGCCCCUGGAGAUCCAGCCCAUCACGGUCGUGGUGAACAACACCAACCCCAGCACCCUGCUCACCCAGAUCUGCAACAUCCUCGCCAGCCACAAGAUCCACGGCAUCAUCUUCGAGGACAACGUGGGGACGGAGGCCGUGGCCCAGAUCCUGGACUUCAUCUCCUCCCAGACGCAGGUCCCCGUCAUCAGCAUCAGCGGGGGCUCUGCUGUGGUCCUGACCCCGAAGGAGCCCGGCUCGGCUUUCCUUCAGCUGGGCGUCUCCAUCGAGCAGCAAAUCCAGGUGAUCUUCAAGGUCUUGGAGGAAUACGACUGGGGCUCCUUCCCUGUCAUCACCAGCCUGUACCCGGGCUACAACAUCUUCCUGGACGUCAUCCGCUCCUUCACGGACGCCAGCUACUUCGGCUGGGAGCUGCAGGACGUGCUGACCUUUGAGAUGAGCCAGGAGCAGAGCAGCUCGAGGACGCAGCGGCUCCUGCGGCAGCUGGACGCCCAGGUGCUCCUCGUCUACUGCUCGCGCCAGGAGGCCGAGUACCUCUUUGAGAUGGCGGAGCAGGCCGGGCUGGUGGGGCCGGGCUACGUGUGGAUCCGGGCCCGGCUGGUGGGCAGGUGGGAGAAAGGCAUCAUCCACAUGAAGUACCCGGUGUGGCCCCGCUACGGCUCCUUCCUGCAACCCGUGGCCGACAACCGGCACCUGACGGUGGCCACGCUGGAGGAGCGUUUCAGUGGCGAUGGUCCCGCGGACCCCUACACCAAGCUGUGCUGCAAGGGUUUCUGCAUCGACAUCCUGAAGAAGCUGGCCAAGACGGUGAAGUUCUCCUAUGACCUCUACCUGGUGACCAACGGCAAACACGGCAAGAUCGUCCGCGGGGUCUGGAACGGGAUGAUUGGUGAGGUGUACUACAAGCGAGCGGACAUGGCCAUCGGGUCGCUCACCAUCAACGAGGAGCGCUCCGAGAUCGUGGACUUCUCCGUGCCCUUCGUGGAGACGGGCAUCAGCGUCAUGGUGGCCAGGAGCAACGGCACCGUCUCCCCCUCCGCCUUCCUCGGGCUGCUCUGGGCCCUGGUCUUCAACAACUCGGUGCCCAUCGAGAACCCCAAGGGCACCACCAGCAAGAUCAUGGUGCUCGUCUGGGCCUUCUUCGCCGUCAUCUUCCUCGCCAGCUACACGGCCAACCUGGCUGCCUUCAUGAUCCAGGAGCAGUACAUCGACACGGUGUCGGGGCUGAGCGACAGGAAGUUUCAGAGGCCGCAGGGCCCCCUCAGAUGGGCUACGGUCCCCAAUGGGCGUACAGCCUCGUGGAGGCCCCCUCCUCACCCUGCCCUCUCCGGGUGCCGCAGGAAGCUGGACGCCUUCAUCUACGACGCAGCGGUGCUCAACUACAUGGCCGGCAAGGACGAGGGCUGCAAGCUGGUGACCAUUGGCAGCGGGAAGGUCUUUGCCACCACGGGCUACGGCAUCGCCCUGCAGAAGGACUCCCGCUGGAAGCGGGCCAUCGACCUGGCCCUGCUGCAGUUCCUGGGAGACGGUGAGACGCAAAAGCUGGAGACAGUGUGGCUUUCGGGCAUCUGCCAGAACGAGAAGAACGAGGUGAUGAGCAGCAAGCUUGACAUUGACAACAUGGCCGGGGUUUUCUACAUGCUGCUGGUGGCCAUGGGGCUGAGCCUGCUGGUCUUCGCCUGGGAGCAUCUCGUCUACUGGAAGCUGCGGCACUCCGUCCCCAAGUCCCACAAGCUUGACUUCCUCCUGGCCAUCAGCAGGGGCAUCUACAGCUGCUUCAGUGGGGUCCAGACCCUGGCGAGCCCCGUGCGGGCACCCACC